AUGCGAGGCGGAGCAGGUCUUGUCCAGAUAUUCAAAGACUUUUCCAACUGGUCUACAGUAGCCGUGGUACCUCACGUGGCGAAUGCCAACAACAAGGUAAGCUCCGGCAGAGACGGACGAAUAAUGAGUGAGAGACGGAGGCGCGGAGAGAUCCGCUCGGGAUGAUGUCAUCCCGAGCGAGAUAAACAGGAGGCACUCGCGUUCCCAGGUCUCACGUAUCUUCUGGAUCUUCAUCUUUGUUUUUGUGUUGGGAAUGUUCGGAUACGAACUGUACAUCCUAAUUGCAAAGUACUUCUCCUAUCCGGCCACAGUUACCACAGAGAUUCUGUUCGAGAAGCAGGUACAGUAAUCCGGUCAGUCGGCGUUUACUAGAACUUUCCGAAGACGUUUCCGGUGGUGACCGUGUGCAAUAUGAACCCGUACAAGUACUCGGUGGUCAAGACAAGUUCGGCGUUCUCGAGUGUGAACAGUCUGAUGACGGCGUAUUCGAAUGCAGCUGCGGGCACUUACUCGGCCGACAAAUGGGGGCUUUAUGUGGGUGAAAAGAGGAGAAUGAGAGGACAAUGAGAAUGGGUUCAGGAGGCGAAGAAUGAAAGCUACGAUCUAGAUUCGAGAGCUCAAGAUGCUCUCGUUCUGGAAGCGAGCCUAAUCACGGAUAAGACCGCAGCUCUUUACACUUAUGACGAUUUGAUUCAGGACUGCAGUUUUGCCGGAAAUACAUGCUCUGAGUGAGGGAAAAAAGAAGUGAACAAGUGAAUUGAUGAGGGGUGCUUAUAGGUCAGACUUCAAGAGAUACAUCGAUCCAGUGUAUGGGGCGUGCUACUCAUUCAAUGAAGAUUCCUCAUUGAACUAUUCCGUGAGCAGAGGGGGAAUUCAGUUCGGACUCAAACUUAUGGUUACUGUUACGGUAAAAAGUGCAUUAUGAUAGGGAAAUAACUGAAAAUAGAAGUGCAGCAAACGAAAACAAAUGGUACAACGGACUUCCUUCCAACGACCACUUUGGCCGGAGCACGCAUCGGAGUGAACUCGCGGGGCAAUGAUCCAGGCCUCGAUUCGAACGGAAUCGACGUGGGAGUAGGCUACGAGAGCGCCGUUUCUGUCACCCUGGUAAUUCAUUCUAUUCUGUAUUCCAUCGCAUUCCCUUCAAGUUCAGACUCAAAAUGAGAGAGCGAAACGACCGUAUGGGAAGUGCGUCGAUCGGGAAUCGGACAGUACGGACUAUUACCAGGCGAGAGAGAGAGAGAGAAAGAGAGAGAGAGAGAGAGAGAGAGAGAGAGAGAUAGAGAGAAAAGGCGUUGAUGAAAGAGCGAUUUCAGGACUACACGUACACUUUGGAGACAUGUUUCAACGGGUGCAAACAGAGGGACACCGUCUCGAAAUGCAGCUGCGCCAACCCGAGAAUCGCCCUCGGGCCUUCGGACACCGCGUGCCAACCAGUUAAAACUGACCGUGAGUGGACGGAACAAAACGUGUUGACGACAGGAAACCAGUUGCAGUGGACUGUCUGCAGUCGCUCAAAGGAAAUCAGACAAACUCGGCUGCCCCGAACAUCGACCUGCUCGUCGAGUGUUCGUGCAAUCCACCGUGCUCACAGUCCACCUACACACCUACCGUAUCCCUGGCGCAAUUCCCUUCUACCAGUUACUACGUUGCCACGUCAUCCACUUAUGGGGUACCGGCCGUCUCUUUUUCUUCCCUAAUUCUCUCGUUGCAGGUGGGCAGCUGCUCCUCUAGCAACUCGAACUUUGCGAGUAAAUCAGACUGUCAGUCGUGGUACAAUAGCAACGGUCUGAUAGUUCAAGUGUUUUUCGAGACGCUCAGUUACGAGUUGUACACCGAGACGUCUGGAUACACGGUACUAGUUGAACGUGUUCAGAAAGGUGAAGGUGAAGUGCGUUCAGGUGAGUAACGUCAUCAAUGAUUUGGGAGGACAAGCCGGUUUAUGGUUGGGACUGUCGGUGAUCUCCGUGGUUGAGGUAUCGCUUUACACAUUGCAUUUUAAAAAAGGCACGUAUUUCUUCAGAUGACGGGGUUACUAAUGGUUAUGGGAGCCUUCUGUGUGACCGGAGGAGCCAUCAAGAUCGCACCGGACAACGACGAAAUAGAAAAGGAUCACAGAAUUCAGGUGAGCGAUUCAUUGAACGGAAUGAUAAGAAACGUGUGGAUUGCGGGGUUCGGGGAGAGGAGGGGACAAACAGGCAAAGAGACGGAAAAGAAACGGAAAGGUUGUGUUCAGGACGUGGAAGAUGUCAAAAAGGAAAUCGAUCACAUGGAGAAUAAGCACGGAGAAAUGGAGAGCGACGGCGAAAACGAGGAAGAAGUCGGCAAGAACGAGACGGGCGGCGAGGAGAAGAAAAAGGAGAAAUAA